AUGGACUCGGAGGACGGUCACCGCGGCGACAGCCGGCCCGGAGCGCGCACGCGCGCUCCUCUCCCUCCACCCCCGGGAGCCCGAAAAAGGUUCCCACCCUUGGGCACGUCAGUCACCACACUCAAAGCAACACUGUCCGGAGCCCUUCUGGCCGUGCGGUCCUCUGGCUUCCGCAGUAACAGUACCAGCUUUGUUGACAGUCUCCCCCCACUCCUCCCCUUCUACCUUCAUCGCUGCUCUUAG